AGUCAUUGAUGAGCGUUCAUCGUCGACGGUUCUCUUAAUUUUUUUUCCUUAAAUCACUUGUCGUUUAUUGUGAGACAUUUAAAAACAAAGUUAUCCGAAGUAAAACAGUUGAAAAGAAAAAUAGCAAAAAGCAAAUAAAAAAUAAUUACUGUGUUAAUUAAACCAUUAAGCUUUGGCAACAAUUGAAAAAGUCAACAAAAUUGUCAGUGAAAAAGUUUUCCUUUUAUAAGUAAAGUCACGAUGGCAAAAUACACGAUAGGAAUAAAUGAGUUGAAAGACAAAUCGCACAACUUAUGGAAGUCUGUCCUCGCUGAAUUUAUUGGCAUUUUCAUCCUUUGCUUCUUCUCGUGUGCAGCUUGUACACAAUCGAAUGGAGAUCUCACGUUGAUUUCACUUGCCUUUGGUUUAAGUGUUUUCAUGGCAGCAUGUACAAUUGGUCACAUCUCUGGAUGCCACAUUAACCCUGCGGUAACUGCUGGGCUCUUAGCAGCUGGAAAAAUUUCUGUCGUCCGUGGAAUCUUUUACGUCAUUUCACAAUGUGCUGGAGCUGUCGCUGGUGUUGCUUCUCUGAAAGCAUUAAUUAGUGAUGUUCCUGGCGAUGGCCCUGCAGGAUUGGGUCACACAAAUUUAAAGAAUAUUUCCGAAUUUCAAGGUUUUGGAUUUGAAUUUUUCCUUGGAUUUAUUCUGGUUUUGGUUGUUUUUGGUGUAACUGAUGAAAACAAACCAGAUUCACGUUUUCUUGCACCAUUGGCUAUUGGAUUAACUGUUUCACUUGGACAUCUUGGAACGGUCACAUACACUGGUUCAAGUAUGAAUCCAGCUCGCACUUUUGGCACGGCUUUUGUCACAGGCAUUUGGGAAAAUCAUUGGGUUUACUGGGCGGGUCCAAUUCUUGGUGGUGUUGCAGCAGCGCUUCUGUACGUUCUCUGUUUCGCAGCACCAGAAAUUGAAAGCCAUGACUUAGAAAAGUAUCGUCAAGUACAACAAACUGAUGAGAAAGAGGGACUGAAAAAAUAUCCUGACCUUAAAUACAUCGAUGAAGAAUGAUUUUUCUUUCCUUUCAAAUCAUCUUUUCCUCCUUCCAUCCUUAAUUGUUUUAUUUUGUUGCCCACAAUAAUUUCCUUACAUUAACUUAAGACAUGAAUUCCACACCACAUUAAUUAAAUCUUUUCUCUCUACUUUGGUUUGUUAAAUAUUCCAUUUAUAAAUAGGUACGUUGAGUUGUAGUUAUUAUUUCAUAAUAAUUGUUAACUUCAUUGUGCAACUGCAACUAAUCUUUAUUCAUUAAUAUUUCGUCCCUUUUAAUAUACAAAAUUCUUUUCUUUUCGUAAGCUUUUGCUUGUUAUGCUCAAAAUAUUAAAAAAUUUCAAGUUGUUUUCACAAACAUGUUUCCCGAUAAAAAGUCACACAAUAGAUGAAAAUUUUACAUUAAUCUUUUCACUUACAGAUGCGAAAUUUCAACCCUUGAAUGCUUUAACUAUCCACAACCAUUGAACUUAUGAUUUUCGAAUUUCAACACCGCAAUUUGCUUCUAGUUGAUAAGAGCACCAGUCGAAUUCAACUGCGUCACUUUCGCUGCACACUUUCAGAUAAAUAAAAACUUCAUUCACAUUUUAAUUUAAUCAACAUAAAUAAAUGCAAAUUGCACUGUGAAAAUACAUGCUAGAUAAUUAAAUAUUUAUUAUCAUUGGAGAAAUCAAAAAUGUCUAAAGAUUUAUGUUACAUCAAAGAUUAAGAAUCAAAUAAAAUUAAUCAUGAAAAGAAAAUUGUUUUAUUAAUAAAAUUGUUAUUAAUCAAAGUUGAAAGAGAUAAAAUGGAAGUAUUUUCGACUUAUUAAUUAUUUAUUAACAAAAUGGAGACAAAUAUUAAU